CCUCCCCAGACCAGGAGCUCCCAUUUUACUUCCUCAAAAUUCAACCGAUAUAAACUUACACUCUGACUGACUCUGACAGUGUUAGACUCAGAGGACUUCGCGAACUCUUUGACUUGUGGACUUAAGGAUGUUGCAGUGUGUCUGUGUGUUGCUGCUGGCAGCCUCGGCUCUGGGCCGCCUGGAUGAAGCCUCUCUGGACAUCCAGUGGGAACAGUGGAAGGUCACACACAUGAAGGAAUACAAUGGCCUGGAUGAAGAGGGGAUCCGCAGGGCCAUUUGGGAGAAGAACAUGCGUAUGAUUGAAGCCCACAAUGAGGAGGCAGCGCUGGGUAUACACUCCUACGAGCUGGGGAUGAACCACCUGGGCGACAUGACGUCAGAGGAAGUGUCCGAGAAGAUGACCGGCCUGCUGGUCCCGAUGGACCACGAGCGCAGCUUCACCAUGGCUCUGGAUGACAAGGUGUCCAAGCUUCCCAAAUCUGUUGACUACCGCAAGAAGGGCAUGGUGACUCCAGUGAAGAACCAGGGUUCCUGUGGCUCCUGUUGGGCCUUCAGCUCAGCCGGGGCCCUGGAGGGCCAGUUGGCCAAGCAGACGGGUAAGCUGAUAGACCUCAGUCCCCAGAACCUGGUGGACUGCGUCACAGAGAACGACGGCUGCGGAGGAGGCUACAUGACCAAUGCCUUCAAGUACGUGCAGGAAAACGGAGGCAUCGACUCUGACGAGGCCUACCCAUACAUCGGAGAGGAUCAGCCGUGCCGUUACAAUUCAUCAGGCAUGGCAGCCCAGUGCAAAGGCUACAAGGAGAUCCCAGUGGGCGACGAGCAUGCGCUGGCUGUCGCACUGUAUAAAGUGGGUCCAGUAUCUGUGGGCAUCGACGCCACGCUGAGCACCUUCCAGUUCUACACCAAAGGUAUUUACUAUGACCGCAACUGUAACAAAGACGACAUCAAUCACGCCGUGCUGGCAGUGGGCUAUGGAGUCAACACCAAGGGGAAGAAGUUCUGGAUUAUCAAGAACAGCUGGGGCGAGGGUUGGGGCAAAAAUGGCUUCAUCCUGAUGGCACGCAACCGUGGCAACCUCUGCGGCAUCGCCAACCUCGCCAGCUACCCCACUAUGUGAAGAGACUAGCGUGAAGCUCAGAGGAAGACAAGGGUGGACGUAGGGGCUUUGCUCAGACUACUACACACACAAAUACACUUGGAAAUGUACACAGAGUUCAUUCCAACAUGUCAGCAACCACUACAAAAAAUUAAUGAAAGGUUUACCUUUAUCAUAUAUAUACAUAUAUAUCCAUAUUUUGGAUUAUCCAUACAGUAAAAAUAAAUUAAUGUAGGACUUUUGGAAUGAACCUUCCCCAGUGAUAAAAAGGGCUACAUGUUGAGAAGUGUUGGAUCCCAAUGUCCAAAAAAAUGUCUAAAUGGGACGUUUGGUCAUCUUGAAUAAAUUGAAGCACUUUAAACCCCUUAAGUCUUUCGGUUUAAUCUCCGAACCAGCCGACUUCCACUUUUGUCUGCUUCAUAAAGAAACACAUACAGUUUUAGUACCUCCAGGUGUUAGUAACCCUACCCUACAUCACCGGUUGGCUUUGCGUCAAAGUGCCAAUUUGAAUCUACAAACCUACCAGGCACAACCAACAUUUCACCGGAUUUGACUUGUAGUCAGUGACAGUUUCAUUCCCUAGCUUUAAUUACAGUUUGUGUGCAAACUAACAGAGUUUAGAUUCAGUGUGACAGGAAACAUUGCUGGGCAAUGGGACCUCCUCCUUUCCUGUCGACGCAGAGUCACUUCCUUUAGAAUUUUAACCAGUUCUUCUCUUGAUCGUGUCGACUUUUGGUGUUUUUGUUCUGUUCAGCACUUUUCUGAUGAUCAAACGGUAAAGUGAUGUUUUCUAUGAUAUUGAAUAAAGGUUUCAUUUUGAA